CAAACCCUCAGCAGAGUUAUCUCGUGUUUUCAAUCCCUUCGUAUAUCGUCAAUUUUCCUCAUGAAUAUGUCCAAUCAUGUUGAAGCUCCUGCGCCUGAAAAUGAAUACGGGCCCUCAAAUUCCGUGGCUAUCGUCGGAAUGGGAUGUCGGUGGCCUGGUGGUGUAUCCACUCCAACCCAACUGUGGGAUAUGCUAGCAGAAGAGAGAUCUGGAUACCAGGAGUUCAAUGAUCAAAGGAUGCACCUUCCUGGGUUCUACCACCCAAAUCCCCAACGCCCGGGUAGUGUACCUACUCGAGGUGCAUAUCUCCUUCAAGAGGAUCCGAAACUGUUUGACUACGCAUUAUUUAGUGUAACUCCCACGGAGACGCUCACUUUGGACCCAUCACACAGAAAAUUGUUGGAAGUAGUCUUUGAGGCUUUCGAAAAUGCUGGAGAACCCUGGGAGAAGUUCUCCGGCUCCCGAACGGGUGUGUUUGUUGGGAACUUUACAGCUGACCACAACCUCAUGCAAAGCCGCGAUUCCGACAACCCGCUACAAUACGCCAUAACUGGGGGUAGUAAUAGUAUUCUGAGUAAUCGCAUCAACUAUUUAUUCAACUUGCGUGGCCCGAGUCUAACGCUCGAUACUGCCUGUUCUUCUUCACUAUACGCCCUUCAUUUCGCUGUUAAUGCGAUUAAGAAUGGAGACUGCGAUUCUGCAAUUGUUGGAGCUGGCAAUAUCAUUUUGGGACCUGAUUUACACCUCCUGCUUUCGAAAUUGGGUGCUCUAUCGCCGACUUCAACUUGCCAUACAUUUGAUUCGACCGCAGAUGGUUAUGCCCGAGGCGAAGGGUUUGCCGCGUUCUAUUUAAAGAAAACAUCAGAUGCCGUGGCAGGCUCAUAUCCAAUUCGGGCAGUGAUACGGGGUACUGCAGUGAAUUCAAAUGGUCGCACUGCUGGAAUCACUCACCCUAGUACCGAGAGCCAAGAGGCAGUGAUCCGUGAAGCAUACGCAAAUGCCAAUCUGGAGCCUAGAAUGACUGGUUACUUCGAAGCGCAUGGAACCGGAACCCAGGUUGGUGAUCCGAUUGAAGUUUCUGCCAUUGGGCGAGUGUUUUCAACUGAAACGAACGUGAGCAUACUUGGAAUCGGCUCAAUUAAGUCCAACAUUGGACAUACGGAAGCCGCGAGUGGCAUGGCUGGAUUAAUGAAAAGUGUCCUUGCCUUAGAGACUGGACUGAUACCCUCAACCAUUAACAUCAACGAGCUUAACCCCCGAAUCAACUUCAACGAGGCGCGGGUAAGACCUGUAACUAAAUUGGAGCCCUGGCCAAAGGAUAAGCUUCGUAGGGUUAGUAUAAAUUCAUUUGGAUACGGGGGGGCAAACGGCCACUGUAUUCUGGACGACGUUUCCGUCGCACUGCCGGACUACUUCAAAGGUGGGACCCGCAAGACACUCUGUUCUCACCCUCGUAACGGUUUCACGGAUAAAUUCACCCCAAGUUGUGGUCAAGUGAACGGAGCAAAUCAUCAACAAACACAUGAUGCUUCAACACCAAGCACCAAAUGUUCUCUUGAAAUGCCCUUGGAUUAUCGUUGGAGGCGCUCAUCAUCAUUAGUACGUGGAUCCCACACGAGCACUAGACGUCUGGUUCUACUGCCAUUCUCAGCUCAUGAACCCAAUGCACUUAGUGGGAACAUGCAAGCCAUUUCUAGCGUCAUAAAUGAGUACCGACUAGCAGAUUUGGCCUAUACAUUGACUGCUAGACGUUCUAAGUUCAAAAAUCGCACUUACCGAAUUGUUAAGCCUGAGAAAUCUUUCACGAGUUUAGAUAUGAAGACUCCUGUUCCCACUAUUCAGGUAACUGCGCAGAGACCCAAUAUUGGUUUUAUUUUCACCGGACAAGGAGCUCAGUGGGACGGUAUGGGAGCCCAUUUGUUCGAGUACGAGGUCUUCCGCAACUCGAUUGAGUAUCAAGACUUAAUACUUUCAAACUUGACUAAUCGGCCAUCCUGGACCCUCAAGGAUAUCCUGUCCACAAACCUUCCAGGAAAGUUGCAUGAACCUUUAAUUUCACAGACAGUGUGUACUGCUCUUCAGAUUGGACUCAUCGACCUUCUUUCCUCCUGGAAAGUUCAGAGUGUCGCAGCUGUCGGUCAUUCUUCAGGUGAGAUUGCAGCCGCAUAUUCAGCUGGAUUCGUCACUGCAGCGGAGGCAAUCACAAUUGCUUAUUGUCGCGGACUCGCGGUUGAUACUAACAAGAGAAGCGGCCUCAUGCUAGCCGUCGAGCUUGGAUAUGGCGAUAUCGAAUCUUAUCUUGAUGAUUUUAGGCUUAGCGUCAAGGUUGCAGCUAUCAAUUCCCCACAAAGCGUUACUAUUUCGGGAGAUACAGACUCGGUCAUGGAGCUAUUCGAAACACUUCGGGUUAAAGGAGUAUUCAGUAGGUUCCUGCAGACUGGACGGAACGCAUACCAUUCCCAUCACAUGGCUGUGGUUGGUCAGCACUAUGAAGAGGUUCUCUGCAAGGCUUUGAAGGAAUUACGUGAACGGGACCUGCUCUGUUUAGAGGACCGCUAUCCCCAAGCCAGCUGGUUUUCAUCCACUAUACCAGGCAUGAAGACUAACAAGAUCCCCGUAAGUCCUUCGUAUUGGCGACAGAAUUUACAAUCACCAGUCCAGUUUACGCGCGCUGUAGAGGAUAUGCUGUCCUCUCCCGCACACCGUGUCGAUAUUCUGGUUGAAGUUGGACCCCAUUCGGCUCUAAAGACACCAUUGCAUCAAAUCUGGUCAGGAAUGGGAAGAAGUGCGUCUGACUUCUACUUCUCCACACUGAGAAGGCAGGAAGAUGGUCUGCGAAACAUGCUCUCUCUAUGUGGGAAUCUGUUCUGCAUGGAUGCGGCAAUUGAUCUUACCAUUGUUAAUGCCAUCGACCAAGUGGACGAAGAAGGGCUGCGGUAUCUUCAUGGGUCUGUGUGUGUUGACCUCCCAAAAUACUCUUACUGCUAUGGCCCAGUAUUAUAUCAUGAAAAUCGCUUUCACCGAGAAUUUCGACUCCGAAGUCACCUUUGCCAUGAUAUACUAGGAGCUAAGCAACUAGGAUGUUCCAAACUUCGACCGAGUUGGCGUAAUAUGCUUCGAAUAAAAGAUAUCCCUUGGCUCAGCCAUCACAGGCUCCUUCAGCAGACAGUGUUCCCUGCCUCAGGGUAUAUCUGCAUGGCAAUUGAAGCGGCUGCACAAUUUUUCUCCGAUGAAAAUACAACGGUCAUGCCGGUUGGCUUCACGAUCCGAAAUCUAUCCCUUAUUUCGGUAAUGGCCAUUCCAGAUGAUGAUAUUGGUAUUGAAGUGAUCUUGGAUCUGGAUGCAUCCAAACUUGCUAUCUCCAAGAAAACCUCAACUUGGUACACCUUCAAGAUCAGCUCCGUGGCUUCAAGGACCGACACAUGGACAGAACAUUGUUCAGGAAUCAUUAUACCGCAUACAGCAAAGUAUGAUUCACCUACCAUACCUAGCGUUAUGGACACCCGGGUUUUAAGCAAUUCAGGAUGGUACGACAAGCUGAGUGAAGUUGGUCUGAAGUAUGGUGCGAGUUUCCAAGGCCUAUCUGAAAUGAAAGCCGACCCACUUAAAAAUGUUGCGCAAGCGAAGGUUCAGCUUCAAACUACAGCUGCACUUUUCAAUGGACCCGAGUCUCCAUAUUUUGUCCACCCGGCUUCACUGGACAUGUGUGCUCAACUAGCGCUCAUCGCAGCACAUGGGGGCCAAGUCGAGCAAAUGAGCACAGCCUAUGUGCCCUCUUUCGUUGGAGAAAUGACACUCUGGGUACCGGAAGUCCAAGAUGCUUCCUAUGGUAUCGCUGUCGCACGAGGAGAACGUCACGGUUUGCGAGGAGCUCAUGCCCAGGUUCAAUUGAGGAGCUCAACUGGAAAUGUCCUCGUCAAUAUUGCGGACAUCCACUGUACAGCGUAUUCUGGAGGCAAAAGGAAAAAAGCCGUGAUGGGCCAUCCUCAAACACCAUACAUGCGUCUUAUCUGGAAACCUUGUUUGGAAAAUUUGAGCAAACAGCAAGCGCGAUCGAUGUUUCCACCAACAUCCGCAAGCGAUAGUAUCAAAAGCACUUUCGAGGAUAUCGACCGCUUGGGCAGCCUCAUGGUCAAAGAAAUUGCCUGUCGAUACGGUUCGCAGCUGGAUAAACGCAAACUCCCUGAUCAUCUCCACAAAUUUCUUACCUGGGCCACAAUGGCUGCACGGCGGGAAUUAACGGAAACUGGGCAAGAUACGUUGUCAUCGAGCUCAAGUCCCGCCCAGAUAAUCGAUGAAUUAUGUUCUAAGCUCCAUGAUGUUGUCGAGAUUCCCAUCUCUAAACGCAUCUUCGACAAUCUCCACGAUAUUCUUUCAGGGCAUAAAUCAGGACUCGAGCUGGUCCGCCAGGAUGAGUUACAUUCCAAAAUGUACAAUGCUGGCUUCGGAAUAUCCGCAGCGUAUGUCCAAUUAGCGCACCUCAUCGAACUCCUGGCGCACAGGAAUCCCCACAUGAAUAUCCUAGAGAUUGGGGCGGGCACUGGUGGAGCAUCUCGUGUUGCUCUUAAAAAGCUCGACGCUGAGACUUACCUUCGACGGUAUCGCGCAUACACUUUCACAGAUGUGUCGAGUGGCUACUUCUUAGAUGCUCAGACCGAGUUCUCGAAAUGUCAUAAGCUUAUUUUUGGUGUAUUGGACAUUGAACAGGAUCCGUCAAGCCAAGGUUUUCAACCUGUCUACGAUUUGGUCAUUGCUUCAUGCUCUUUACACGUUACAAGAGAUGUCGAUCUCACGCUGCGAAAUGCCCGAUCCUUACUAAAGCCCGGAGGGAAGCUGCUUAUCUUGGAGUGCACUCAACCGAAGAUCACCCACGGGCUAGUUCUGGGGACGCUACCAGACUAUUGGGUUGGGACGGGGAACAGCCGUACUGAUAGUCCAUUUUUACCUACGAAUGGGUGGCAUGAAAGGCUCCUACGAACAGGAUUCUCCGGAAUCGAAAUCGAUCUUAGCGACUAUGCACAACCGUACACGAUGAUUUCCGCAUUUCUCACAACAGCAAUUGGUCAUGAGACCUCGAGGGUUGCUCGUGAAAUUCCUUCGUCAUUGCCGAGCCAGUCAGUUGUUAGCGUAAUCUCGUACCUAGGCCCAGAUUCUCGCUCUGAUAUAAGAGCAUUCCAAAGACGCGCAAACGAGCUGUUUUCCUACUCGACGUACCACUUCAUUGAUGAUUUUGGUUAUCUUCCCGAUGACUCAAGGGUGAUCGUUUUCUCUGGAGAAGGCCCAUGGUUGAUUAAUAACCGAAAGAGAUUCGAACAGAUCAAGAAGAUCCUUACAAAAUCACGCUCAGUACUCUGGAUCAGUGUUCAGGAUGAGGUUAAUGGAUCGUACCCGUAUCACGGAGUGACGGAUGGACUCCUCAGAGUUCUUUCUGCCGAAACCAGCUCUAUUGUCUAUGCCAGCGUUAACCUGAGCAAAAGAGAUCUAGAGAGCUCUGAGUUGAUGGAGCAAAUCGCGCGUCUCGAAGAUAAUCUACAAAGAAGGUCCAAUGAUGCCGUUCGGGACACAGAGUAUAGAGUUCUUGGCGGCGUUAUUCACUUAAGUAGACUGAUACCUGAUUGCGAGUUCAACGAGCGCUGGUUAGAGUCUCAAACUUCCUCGGAUCCAAAAUUCCUGCCAAUUGAAGACCAACCUCCACUAGGCGUCUCCUUUCAGACUCCUGGCAUUCUCAGUUCAAUAUGUUUCGAAGAGGAUAAAGCCUUCUGGAAGCCAUUGAAAGACGAUCAGAUCGAAAUUCGCACAGUUGCUGUUGGUUUAAACUGGAAGGAUUUGGCUGUAUCUGCAGGGCGGCUCGACUUGGACAACUUCAGCUCGGAGUGUGCUGGUAUCGUCACGAAAUUGGGCAAAUCUGUCAGGGCGUUCCAAGUCGGUGAUAGAGUCUACGGAAUCUCAAAGGGCAAGUUCGGCAACUAUAUGCGACUUUAUGACACUCUCACGCAACAUAUGCAGUCAGACAAUUUUGCGGAAGGAGCAACCCUGCCAGUAGUCUAUAUGACUGUACUCUAUGCAUUCAACUACCUCGCCCAUCUAACAAAGAGAGAUAAGGUGUUGAUUCAAUCGGCCGCUGGAGGAGUUGGUAUUGCAGCGAUUCGCUUCGCCAGGCACCUCAAGGCUGAAAUAUUUGCUACUGUCGGAACUGAAGCGAAACGCGCUUUUCUCCGAGAAUCAUACUGCAUACCGGAUUCACAUAUCUUCUCUUCCAAAACUCCACCGGAUGUUGCUACAGUAAUGAAAGCAACCCAAGGUUCUGGGUUUGACGUUAUAUUGAGUACUACAUCGGGCGACGUUUUCAACGAAACACUGCGAUAUAUGGCAUCUGGAGGCCGUUUCAUCGAUCUGGGACGCGUUGAUGUGCAAAAUCAUGGCUCCAUGUCUUUGGAGGCUUUCAGACGCAACGCAACAUUCUCGUCUUUCGACCUGGGUGUCCUAAUUGAGGACAAACCAGAAUUCUGCGGCAGGCUUCUUGGACAGGUUAACAACAUGUUGCGCGAUGGUGUCAUACAACCAAUAUCACCGAUUAGGACUUUUGAUGUCUCUCAGUUAGCUCCCGCGUUGACUUAUCUUUCCAUGGGAAAUCAUAUUGGAAAGGUUGUUAUUACUUAUGAAGACUCAGCAGCCCAGGUCAAUAUGGUACCACCAACUACUAAAGUGCUCUUCAAUGCGGACUCGAAUUAUAUACUGGCAGGGGGGCUCGGGGGGCUGGGAAGAAGCAUUUUAUCCUGGAUGAUAGAGAGAGGAGCAAAGAAUUUUAUCAUCUUGUCAAGGUCUAGCCCGGAAACCUCGGAAAAGAACUCCUUCUUGGCCGAUGUGAUAUCUAGGGGCUGUUGCAUAAAACACAUAUGUUGUGAUAUAUCUGACAAAAUUCAGGUGGAAUCUGCCAUCGCUCAAGCCUCCGAGUCUGGAGUUGUCAACGGUAUCGUUCACACAGCAGUAUCACUUCAGGACAAAAUUUUCGACUCUCUUUCAUUCUCCGAAUGGGAACGUGGCCUCGCAGUCAAAGUGAAUGGCACCAUCAACCUUCACAACGCAUCACUACAUCUGCCCCUCGAUUUCUUCGUCUUGCUCAGCUCUAUUUCCGCUCAAGUCGCCCUACCUACACAGUCUACUUACUGUGCUUCUAAUGGUUUCCAAAAUGAAUUUGCAAGGUACCGUCGAAGCCAGGGAUUACCAGGAACAUCCGUGGAGUUCGGCUUGAUAGAAGAAGUGGGAGAGCUGGGGCAGAACACGGUGUACCGAAAUGCUGCGUUGCGCAAUGGACUUUAUCAUACGAGUGAAUUUGAGUUUCUGCAGCACCUCGAAUACGCAUUCUCAAAGCUAAAUUGCCAGAGGCAUGAAAGAGAAUGGGCUCGAUACGACCCUUUUGCUGAUGCGCAUUUGAUCACUUCUUUAGAUCCCUCCAGGUUGUCGCAACACGAAAAGGCACAACGCAAAGAGAAGACUGACCAGAAUGAUGAGCCCUCAUCCAACCCGUGGUGGCACCUCAAUGCUAGAUUCUCGCACAUAGUCCAAGCGAUGGACAAUCUUGAUAACUUAGACGGAAGCCUACCUGCAACAACGAAUACCCCUACGGAAUCAAGCAAGCGUUCCUGCUCUGCACUUUUACAACUGGAUCCUCUUAUUGAGUCCGGCAAACUAGAAGACGCCGUUUCUUCAGUCACGGAAGUGAUCGUUAGGCGCAUGGCGGACAUGCUGUUCAUAUCCGCAGCUGGAAUUCAAUCCACCAAGGGUAUUGCGGAGUAUGGGAUGGAUAGCUUGAUUGCCGCUGAGCUGCGGAAUUGGUUCAUAAGUACUUACAAGUGUACGAUCUCCUUCAUGAAGCUACUUGAUUCGGCCACUAGUAUCGGCGAUCUGGCUGAGAUCGUGGUGAAAGGGAGAUUAGAAACCCUUAGUGAGAAAUUAGGUGACUGAAAGUGCAGGGGGUUUCGAAGCAGUUUAUCAUUGAAACUAAAGGGAUCGCCGAAUUGUUAAAUUGGGUAUUAUGUAGAAUAAGUUAAAUGAUGACAACUCUGGAAUCUGGAUUUGGAAAUAUCUCCAAUUUUGCUACAGGAAAUGUAGAUAAACUAGCGCGCAAUAUCCUC